AACAAAAGCCUCCAGAAAAAAGAAUGGGGAGAAACAGACAGGAUGAGACCUUGGGGAGCUGGUUCAAGAUCAUAGAGCUGUCUUCCUAGAUCAUCUAAGGGUGAGUUCAGAGAAGCAAUAGAAAGGAAACAGAUUGCCUGCAAGGAGGAGCAUGGGAAAGGUUGACUAAAAGCAAAAGAGGAAACCUACUGCCAAGGAGAUGGAACACUUCACACCAGAUCAUGUGUUUGGCUCAAGCUGGGUGUGGGAAGAGGUUGAGUCUCUCGGGUCCGUGUCAGAGUGACAGGCCAAGUCUACCUCAUAUGGAUGUCUUGGAAAUUAAUAAAAGGAACUACAUGUGAAACAUAUUAAGUCAACUUAUUCAGGAAGAGUGUUUGAAAGAAAAGAAAGUUAUAUAGAAAAUCCAUGUCUGGUAAAAAAAAAAAAAAGUUAAGAUAACAGAUAUUGUCCUAACUUUAAAAAUGAUAAUCAAGACACAAUUGAGUCUUAUGUUAACCAUAGAUUUCUUUGUAUCCAUUCUCUUUCUCAUUUGUUCUCUGGUUCCUAGAUUCCCUUUGGUAUAAAAUAUGGUGAGAAGUGGCUGCUGAAUUUGAUUCAGAAGAAGUGCAGUGUCCCCUUCACUGCAUUCGAAGUAAUACAGGACAUGGAGAUGAUGAGACGAAAUGGGGUUAGUGGCAGGCCCAGAAAGGAAAUGGCACUGGUCUUAUAUUCUGUUUCCCCUGUCACUCUCCCUACAGUUUCACUAUGAGAAAAUGCAGGCCCAGUUCUUUGUAGAGAAUGCCAACAUUGCCUGUGAAUUGAAGAAUAUCAAUGGCAAGAUUUUCAAUAAGUUUAAUGAAAAGAUAUUUAUCUUGGUUGAACCCUGUGAGUCACCCCAGUCUGUGCAGAAGGUGCUGACGUCUGAAAAGGUGGAGCAGAUAAAGUUUUCAUCCUUGGACCUGAGCAACAAGAAACCCUACCUGCUGGAUGGCCUGUCCACCAUUAUGGGGAAUGCUUCCAAUGUCCAGAGCUUGAACACCUCCAACACUGAGGUGAAGGCUGAAGGGCAGAUGGACAAGGGUCAGCAGCUGGAACCAGAAGGGAUAUGUGCAGACAGAAAUGCUGUGUGCACCAACUUCCCUGAUAAGUCAACCAACAUAAGGUUACUAAGCUUGGAUGGCCAGGAGACACUCUCAGGUUCUAAGUGUGCUAUUGAAGUUCCUAAGUUCUUAUCAAUGUGCAAGGGAAGUUUCUUUGGAUUUGAUCAGGUGAACAGUCAAAUUCUGCAAUUCCUGCAGGAGUAUUACUUGAUUCAUGACUAUGGAGAUCGCCAGGGACUCCUGGAUUUUUAUCACGAGGAGGCCUGCUUCUUCCUGACGAUUCCAUUCCACCCCAAGGACUCAGGAUUAAGCAGCAUGCGCCUGUACUUCAAGGACAACAGGAGUACAGAGAAGCUCAAGGACCCCAACCUGCGUGUCCAGAUGCUGAAACACACAAAACAUGACAUUGUGCAUGCCCUCUGUGCAUUGCCCAAAACUCAGCAUGACUUCAGCUCCUUCAUGGUGGACAUGUGUUUCCAGACGGAAACCAUGCUCUGUUUCUCUGUCAGUGGGGUGUUCAAGGAAGUGGAAGGAAGUUCUCAGGGCUGUGUGCAUGCCUUCACCAGGACCUUCAUCACUACUCCCGUCAGCUCUUCCAGUCUUUGUAUAGUGAAUGACGAGCUGUUUGUGAGGGAAGCCAGUCCCAGUGAAGCUCAGCGUCUGCAUUCUCCAUCCCAGUGCCUGCACUGUCGACCACUUUCAUGUUCCACCUCUCCGCUGAGUAGCAUGAAAUGGUGUGGGCUUUCUCCUCCCAGUGUGGAAUCACCUCUAAUAGUCUCAGAAGUGACUGCUGGGUUUGCAUGGAGUUGGGAGGGAACUGGGAGGAGUGGACGAAUAAUUAAUGGGAACUUGAAGAAAAUGAGAUCUCAUUGCGAGAGAGAAAAGGAAACCAGAGACAGAAAUGAAGAGAAAGAGAGGCAUGUGGUUGAAUGGGGAAAUGAAGUCCAAGGAUUGAUUACUUAAUCUUCAAUGCCUUGAAACUUGAGCAAGAUUAAAAGUUAAUGUGAAGGAGA